UCCUGUCAUGUUAAAUUGAGGCGUCGACACACACCUUGCUAGUUCUUGUUAUACUACAGUAUUUUUGAAACUCUCACAACAUUGCAACUAUGUCAAACAAAACGGAGAUUAAUUUAACUGGAGUCAAACAAAGUCAAACCGUGUGGCUUGUGAAGGUUCCCAAGUAUUUAUCUCACCAAUGGGACAAGGCCUCAGAAAAGGGAGAAGUUGGAAAGAUAACCAUUGGAAAGAAGCAAGGGAAAACAGAGGUGAGUUUCCGUCUGAAUGAGGAGCUGACCACCAUGGGAGCUGUGGGGGAGAAGGAUGGUUCAGUGCUGGUCCCGAGGGAUCAUCCCUUCACCAUGCAAACUGUGGGCGGACAGACCCUGGCAGUCUACAGCCAGAGCGAUUCAGAUGGCAUCAGUCUGGAGGGGAUGGUGGUGCACAGAGCGGAAUGCAGACCGGUCGUCAAUGACAACUACAUGAAGCUGAAGAAGCUGCAGCUUCAAGAGUCCACCAAGCCUCAGCGUUUGUCUCAGCAGCUGGAGAGAGCCAUCACCACCAUCUUCAAGCCCGUGGCCAACCAUGAUUUCAACUUGGAGUACGAUAAGAAGAAGAAGUCAGAGGGGAAGAUGGUGAGGGCCGAGCGACAGGUGGUGUUGGACAUGUGCUUCUCUGCCUUUGAGAAGCACCAGUACUACAACAUCAAGGACUUGGUGGACAUCACCAAACAACCUGUGACCUACCUGAAAGAAAUCAUGAGGGAAAUCGGGACGUACAACAGCAAGGGGGCUCACAAAAGCACCUGGGAGCUGAAGCCCGAGUACAGGCACUACCAGUCUGCUGAGGAGGAGGAGGAGGAGAUGCAGACGGCCUGAAGCAGGGCACAGCUUUCAGGUGUUAGUGACCCCCUGAACACAGAUGUGGAAAAGGAAAUGCUGAUUUUGAGUUAAUGUUUUGAGUUAUUGGCAGCUUCCACAGCACUUGUACAUAAAGGUGGAAAAUAAA